AUGGCAGUGUCGUCAGAUCUAGAGGCAACCAUGACGACGAUCAACGGAUCCUCCUGUCCGGAGACCGUUGCUAAUGGCAGCAAUGGCAUCAACGGCUCCAACGGCUGCAGCGACGCGGUAGCAACACAUGCGACGCCGACCACACCGGUUAUGACUGCAACGCGCACGUCACGGACACCCAGCUUGACCGGUCUUUCACUUACAGAGUACAGCGCCAACCCAUCGCCACCGUCGGAGAGCAAACGUCGAAAGGCCAAAAAGGUGGUGCCUGACGACUUCAUACUACCAAGUGGACACCCGGAUUAUCUGCGCCUGAUCCUGACUUCCAAGGUCUACGAGGUAUGCAAGGAGACAUCACUCACCCAUGCCGUCAACCUCAGCAACCGCCUAGAGUGCAAGGUGCUCUUGAAGAGGGAGGAUGAGCAGCCCGUCUUCAGCUUCAAGCUGCGCGGUGCGUACAACAAGAUGGCUCACCUCGACCGCCUCCAAUCUUGGCGGGGCGUCGUCUGCUGCUCGGCUGGCAACCACGCUCAGGGGGUAGCCUAUUCUGCCCGCAAGCUCAAGAUCCCCGCCACCAUCGUCAUGCCCGAGGGCACCCCCAGCAUCAAGCACCUCGCCGUGGCCCGUAUGAGUGGCCAUGUCGUGCUGCACGGGGCGGAUUUUGACGCAGCCAAGGAGGAGUGCGCCCGGCGCGAGAAGCACGACGGGCUGAUCAACAUCCCCCCCUUUGACGACCCCUACGUCAUCGCCGGCCAGGGCACCAUAGGGAUGGAGCUGCUCCGCCAGACCAACCUACAGAAGCUGGAGGCCAUCUUCUGCUGCGUGGGCGGAGGCGGGCUCAUCGCCGGCAUAGGCGUUUACGUUAAGCGGAUCGCACCACACAUCAAGAUCAUCGGCGUUGAGACCUAUGACGCCAACGCCAUGACGCAGUCGCUGGCCAAGGGCGAGCGUGUAAUACUCAAGGAUGUCGGCCUCUUUGCCGACGGUGCCGCUGUCAAGACAGUAGGCGAAGAGCCUUUCCGCAUCUGCCAGGAGGUCAUCGAUGAGAUGGUCCAGGUGACUACGGACGAGGCGUGCGCUGCCAUCAAGGACAUAUUCGAGGACACCAGGUCCGUCGUCGAGCCCGCAGGUGCUCUGGCCCUGGCCGGGCUCAAGAAGUGGGUCGCAGCCAACCCGUCAACCGACCAGAACCGUUCCCUCGUCGCCAUCACGAGCGGGGCAAACAUGAACUUUGACCGGCUGCGCUUCGUGGCAGAGCGCGCCAACGUCGGUGAGGGCCGCGAGGCGCUACUGGCGGCCCGCAUCCCCGAGAAGCCGGGUUCAUUCGCCAAGCUCAUCGAAGCCAUCAUGCCCAACAACGUCACCGAGUUCACAUACCGCUACACGGAUGGUGAGAUUGCCAACAUAAUGCUGGGACUGUCGCUCACGGCGCCGGUAGCGCAGCGUGCCCACCAGCUGCAGCUGCUCAUGGGCCGCAUCGCGGCGGCCGGCAUGGAUGUCACGGACCUGUCGGGUGACGAGCUGGCCAAAAGCCACGUGCGGUAUCUUGUGGGAGGACGGGCCGAUGUGCCCAACGAGAGGCUGUACAUGUUUGAGUUCCCGGAGCGGCCCGGCGCGCUGGAGAAGUUCCUGGCGACCCUGCGGCCGCGAUACAACAUCAGCCUGUUCCAGUACCGCAACUACGGCAGCGACGUCGGCAAGAUCUUGGCGGGCAUUCAGUGCCCAGAUGAAGAGAUGCCGGAGCUGGUCAAGUUCCUCAGGGAGAUUGGAUACCCGUGGUCCGACUGCACGCAAUCGGAGGUGGCCAAGACUUUCUUACGUCCGGGGGUCAGUCAAGAGGGUGCAUUGCCUUGUUAG